AUGCUCAAAUUCCUGACUCACAAGCUCCGAACGCAUUCGUUGAAUGAGGAGAACGUUACCGAGAAGGUGGAGGAGCGGGACUCCGGCACCGAGUCGGACGACGAGGCGGAGCGCGCCGACACCGGUGAAUACUGUGCCGACGUCAUCAUGAAGUGGAAUGACGUGACAGACAUCAGUAUGAGCGCCGAGUCGUGUGCGCCGCGCCCGCCAGCCCCGGAGCCCGACCAGCUGUACGACCACCACUCCUCGGAGGAGGAACUCGAGGUUAUAAACGGCAGCCCGGCGAGUGUUCCGGGCGCCGGGGCCGUGCCUGCGAGGGGCGAGGGCCGGCGGCGCGGGGCGUCCUCCCCGGCCCGCGCGGCGCCCGAGAAGAGGCGCUGGCCCGCGCAGCCCUACCACGACGAUGAGGCGGCAGCGCGCGCGCCCUCCUCCGACGACGACGACACUAAGGUGGAGACUCCUGUUCGUUUCCGCACGUCUCCGCCGCUGGAGGCGCUCAAGCCCCGCCGUUCUGUGGGUGCGGGCGGUGAGUGGUGCGGAUGUACGCGCGCUCCUUCCUCCCCGCGCCGCCGCCGCCUGCCGCUACCUCCGCCCCGGAGACACAGACCCGCGCUGGACUUUGAUAAGAUGCAGCAGCUGAAGGUGGGCGGCGGCGGCGCGCGGUCGUGGCGCGCGGUGGGCGGCGGCGCGCGCGGCGGCGAGCUGUCCGUGUUCUGCUGGUGA